GCUGCGACGUUAUUAUCAUGUUAUCGCGGCCUGAGGCUCCAUCUGUUAUAAAACUAUCAUCGGUUGAUUACUGGUGUCAGCAACGAGGGCUGGAAGGUCCUGUAGAAGAGAACCUCACCAAUUCAGGGAAGAUGUUAAGUCGAAGAGAGAGUGGUGGAUUUCGACUGAAUAAUCUACGGCUUGUCGACGAAAAGGCUGGCUCGUUUACGUGUUGUUACGAUGGGAAUGUAGACUGCCGACACCCGCUGUUGUCUCCGGAUAAAACUCCAUCGACAGUAGCUUCAUCUCCUAUAUCUCCUGACACUUUUGCAGCGGCAUUUCUGUUGAGGCCUGGGGUCCGAUUCGAGCCAGUUGUGCAAGUGCGUUUUUGUGAACGUCCAGAGGUCUACUCUGAUAAUGACGAUGAUAUUUUGACUGGAACCCUUUUGAGUUCCGACUCUGACGCAGAGUCACCUAUGAACGACACGAGCUGUCGACAGGGCGCUUCUCGUGAAACUACGACGAAGCGUCUGUCGAGCUCAUCCGUCUCUGGUUGGCAGGGAAUAGUCCUCGAGACAAAAUGCGGGAUAAAAGAUUUCGACGGCCAUUCUGCAUUGAAGGAGAAGACUUAUUCCACAUUCGAUGACCUCGAGUCCAUGGCUAACCUCAUGGGCGUUGAGCCGUCGAAACCGCGUUAUGCUCGCCACAGGUCGGAGACCGUGUCUGAUUUGGAAGAGUAUGUUGAGAGCUUGCAGCAGCUACCGAGGCAACGCCGAUCAUGGUCGACAUCAUUAACAUGUAGCCUUCCGCGAGGACGGGAAACUUGUCCCUUACGUGGAGGGGCCAUGUUGGGUGACGAGGAGGACUCUGAUUCUGAAGAGAACCUUCUUGCGAGGAUGGAGGCCAUGGGCUGUGAUAUGGAUUUAGAAGAAUAGUCUUGCUGACGUAUUCCAUCUUCUUUGAAUCCUAUCAGCUAUUGAUUCAGUCGCAUAUUAUUCCAGUGAAGCAGUUGAAGCAGCAUAGCAAUUCAUCGGUACCGUAUUGUUGACGAUGCAGUGUAGUGUAGACAGCGAGCAUUCCUCUCUUGCUGUCAAGGCAACUGUACUGCCGAACUUUGCAAUUCUAGUAUGCCGUGAUUCUGUGCUGGCUGGUUCUUGUUGCUGAGGUUCUUCUUGUAUCAUUGCGUCACCAUGGUUUCCUAGUGUUCGGCUCAGUCCGUUCCCUGGGCUUCCGUCCGUGGGUUCAUCUCUU